AUGGGGCAGCAGUCCUGUGGUGACGGGCAGCAGUUGGACGAUAGACAAAAUUCUAGCGUCGGGCAGAAGUUCAAUGGAAGCCCGACGAUGGGCGGUGGUGGUCCGGCUGAAGUCCGACGAUUGAUGGUGGUCUGGAGGAAGUCUAGACGGUGGUCGGGGAAGAGCUUGGUGACAAGAGAGAUCUCAUACUUCUCCUCCUUCCUCCUCUCCUUCUCCUCUUUUACUUACAGUUCGAUUCAGAUGCUUGGCGUAGAUCUGAAAGCUUGGCUGGCUCCAAACCAGAAAUACAGCAGCAUUUUUCUGAAGCUUGCAGAGAAAUGCGAUAUUUUCACUGGUAAAUGGAUAAAGAACACAGUAGGACCGGCUUACAACAACGCGACCUGCCCUUUCAUUGAACCUCCUCAGAACUGUAUCAAAAAUGGCAGGCCUGAUACUGCUUUCCUCUACUGGAAGUGGAAGCCGGAAGGAUGCCAUCUUUCUUCUUUAGAUGCACCGAGAUUCCUGAAAGCCAUGAGAAGUAAAUCAUGGGCCUUUAUUGGUGAUUCUAUACUACGGAAUCAGGUUCUGUCAUUGAUCUGUCUUCUUCAGAAGGAAGAGGUGCCUCUUGAAGUCUACCAUGAUGAACAGUUUAAGUCUAGGAAAUGGAUCUUCACCAACUACAACUUCACCAUUUCACUCAUAUGGUCUCCUAUGCUCAUGAAAGCCGAAAUCUUUGAGGACAGUGAUGGUGUGUCGAAAUCAGACAUCCAACUUCAUCUUGAUACUAUUGAUACCAAGUGGUCUAAUGAAUACAACAGUUUCAACUACAUUGUUAUUUCUGGAGGCCAGUGGUUCCUCAAAACAACAAUUUAUUUGGAGAACAACACUAUCACAGGUUGCCAUUACUGCCCAAAGAAGAACUUAGUAGAGCUUCCUUUGACCUAUUCCUACCGUAAAGUUCUCAAAAUAGUGUUUAAGUUCUUCUUAUCAGCAAAUCAUAAGCCUCUUGUAAUCUAUAGGACAUGGUCACCAAGCCAUUUUGAAUACAAGGAAUGGUCUAAUGGCGGAAGUUGUAAUAAAACAGAGCCAUUUAAGGGAGGCUUGAUUUAUGAAAAAGAUGUUGAUAAAAUGAUGAGAGGUAUUGAGAUAGAAGAGUUUAAAAAUGCUAUUAUGAAAAAUGCUACAAAUCUCAAGCUAUUAGAUAUGUAUAAUCUUUCAGCACAAAGACCUGAUGGGCAUCCUGGGCCUUUUAGGAAAUUUCAUCCUUUUGGGAAAGGGAGGAAUGUUGUGGUGCAGAAUGAUUGCCUUCAUUGGUGCCUGCCAGGGCCUAUAGAUUAUUGGAAUGAUUUACUAAUGGAGAUUGUCUUGAGAAACUGA